AUGAAUACCAAAUUUUAUGUAUGUUUUAAAUACAUAAUAAUAAUUAUAAACAUAACUCUUUAUCAAUGUAAAAGAAGAAAAACAAACAAAAUAAAUUUAUUUCCACAUUUUAUAAAUAAUGACUUUCCUUCGAAACCACAUAAUUAUUCAUCAGGUUCUAAAAGAAAAAAAAUACUACAAAAACAUGAAUAUGUUUCUCAUUUUUUGAAAACCAAAAACGAUGCAUUAAGUUCACUAUCAAAUGACGAAAUAUCCAAAAAUAACAUCAAGUUAAACAAUUUAACCCAAUUAUUAGAAAACAUAUUAAUUAAGAAAAAUGAAUACAAAAAUACGAUAUUAAAUUCGAAUUAUAAUAUAGAGCAUUUAACGGAUUACUUUCAGGAUAAAUUGUCAGGCUUACAAAAUAUAAAUUUUAUUGAACAGAAUAGGAACAAUUAUUCAUAUUCAAAGAAUAAAAUUCAUGAGUUUUUCAAUGAAAGUAAUGUAAAAGUUGAGGGAAAACUUCAAGAGCACAUAAGUGUGCAUAACAAACCUACUGAAAAGUAUCAAAAUAUAUUCACAACACAUAUAAAAAAGGACGAAAAAAAACAAUGUCAAUUUAUUGAACCAAAGAAUAGCAACUCUUUCGAUAAUAGUAAUACACACCAAGACUAUCAUGAUAAUAUUCUUUGUAUGCAAGCAAAAAAAGAUAUUAAAAAAGAUGAAGUAAUAUUAUCUAUACCCAAGACAUAUAUAAUACAUUAUGAUAAUAUAAUGAAUCAAAUUCAAAAUUUUGUAAAUGAUUUUUCAAAUUCUUAUAAUGUAAAUUAUAUCAAAUAUAUAUUUAAAAAUAAUAUGCAAGACCAAAUAAAUCAAUUGGAUCCAUAUAUAAUUUUAAUGUAUGAUAUUUACAAAAGGCAUAUUAAUUUUAUAUCAUUUAUGAAAUCUCCAAAUAUUUAUUUAAAGUAUUGGGAUAUAAAAUUAACUUUAUUAAUUGCAUAUAUAUAUUUCAUUUCAAAAUAUAUGAACAUAUUGUUACAUGCAUAUAGUUUCAAUAAUGCAUUUUUUCUUUUGUUGGAUAAAUAUUUGUCUCAAAAGAACGAAGCUCUCACAUCAACCGAAUUACCUCAGUACAAGAAUGAGAAAAGGAUUUCUGGAAAAAACAAUGUUGAAGAGAUAAAUAGUACUAACAGAAAUUUAAUCAAUGACAUAUAUUUGUCUUGUAAUAAUGAAAUACAUGAAAAUUAUAAAUCUACGGCUGUCCCAAAUAUAGUUAGCAACGAUAUUGAAGAAAUAAGUCAUAAUCUUAGAAAAACUUCAGAGAAUGUUCUUAAAAAUCAUAAAUCAUUCUUUUUUUAUAAUAAUUAUGAGCAUUAUAUUAAUUAUAUUGUGAAUACUCCCUCUUUAAACCAUCUACCUUUAUUAUUUAAAGAAUCCUCUUUUUUUUUGUUUAAUAAUAUGAAUAUGAAAAAUAUAAUAUAUUUUAGAAAGCAAAUGGUUCAUGAAAUAAUAAAUAUGUAUAAAAAUGAUGAAGAUAAUAAUAAUGCAUUUUUUUUUUCUAUUGAUAAAAAUAUUAUUAACAAAAUUUUAUUUAUCAAUAAUAAAUAUUAUUCUACAAUUGAAAAAUAUUUUAAAAAUAAUGUUAUUUACAAUGAAAAUGAUUCAAAUAAAAACCAUAAUAAUAUUAUAGAUCUAGAUAAGUUAUACUAUUUUACUUUGAUAAAUAAAAAGAAAUUUGGUUUGUCUACUAAAAAUACAAAUUGUCAAAAAGAAAGUUUUACACAAAACACAAGUGUUAAUUAUAUGAGCAACAACAUUGCUAAUGAUGAUAAUAAUAAUUAUGUUCAUGUAGAACAAUUACAUAAAGAAAAUCCUCAAAGUUUCUUUUCAUUUGCUAACUUACAAGAUUAUAUUAACUCAAUUAUUUACAAUGCAUCACUUUUUGAUAAUUUUGAUAUUUUUUUUAAUUACUCUUUUUUAAUGCACAUAUAUUCCUAUGUUUCAUCUCAUGCUAUAAAAAUCAAAUCAAACGCAUGUUUUUCUCAAAAAAUGGAAGAAAAUAAUAUACAAAAAACAGACAAAUCAAAUAGGCAAAACGAAAAUGACUAUUAUGACUUAAAAGAUAACAUUUUAAAUAGCAAUAUAACAAUAAAAGAAACAAAUAAGCAUAUAGAAAAAGUUAGUGCCAAAGAAUGUUCAAAAUAUGACUUUAAUGAAUAUGAAAAAAAGGAAAAGCAAACCGAAAAUAAACACAUGUGUUUAAUACCAUUUAUUGAUGUAUGUAAUCAUAGAACCUUAUCAAUGAAUUCUUUCAUUAAAAACGUAUCGAAAGACAUAAAAAGAAGCACAUACUCUUUUUCAAUUAAUAACAAUGAUGUAAAUUAUAGUUAUAAUCAUCUACUUUCUGAUAACAAACAUCUUGAUGCAUUUAGUAAAACACAUCGAAUAAGUCCAGUCUACAAACAGAUUGGACCUAUAGAUGUGGGGGAUGAAAAAAAAAAAAAAUCCAGCAACACAAAUAAUGACGAUAGUGAUGUUACAAAUUUGCAUAAUACUAAUCAAACUAUGCUUGAGGAUGCGAAUACUAUUCAAUUACUUAGUUCCGAAAAUAUAAACACUGGAGAUGAAAUUACCAUAAACUAUGGAAAACUAAGUAAUGACCUCUUGCUACUAGAAUAUGGAUUCAUCGAUAAAAAAAAUACUAAAGUUUAUUUUUAUUUUGAUGUAAAAAUAAUAAGAGAGAUAAUUUUACAAAUAUUAGGUCAUGAUAAAUUGCCUCUUAUUAUGCUAGAAAGUUUAGAGAGAAAAAAAGUAGACAUAUUUAAAAUAUUAAACGUUUUACCAAAUAAUGAAAAUGUAUAUGAAAGAUUUCAAACUGACCAAACAGAAAAUGCAGAAAUUGUCAGAAAAAAAAAAAAUAUAUUAAAUGAUUAUAUAAGAAAAAAUAAAUACUUUAAUGAAUAUAAUAUAUUUACAAUGAAAGAACGUAUAAAUAAAUUUUACAUUGAUGAAAAAAUGUCCCAUGAUCAAAAAAAUAAAAAAAGCUAUUUCUAUAUAGGAACAGAUUUGAUUGUAGACCCUAUCUUAUUAGCAACAAUAAGAACUAUUAUUUAUGAUGAUAUAGAUUAUCUUUCAAAAGUAAAUAUAACAAAUUUAUUACAAUGGGAAAAUUACUUGUCUCCAGAUUCGGAAAUAAUCGUUAUACAAGUAUUAAUUAAAUUAAUUGACGAAAUUGUUUACGAACAAUUUUAUGACAUUAAUUAUGAAGAUAUAUUAAUAAAAGGCCAAAUAAAAUAUGAAGAUUUAAAAUGUUAUAAAAAUAAAUUUUUACAACCAGAUUUAUUUAACUCUGAGAAAGUCAUUGAUAUUUUCCAAAAUAAUAAUUUCAAUAUUGUUAUUUACAACAUUAUGAAAUUAAAGGAAUUACAGCUAGCAAAAAAGGCUCUUAUCGAAAAACGCAAGGAAAUGAUGAAUCUAUUAGAUGCACAAGAUAGAAAAAAAAACCAAAAAUAA